AGUGCUGUUACGAACGCUGUUCCGAUAACACGUCCUUAGCGAGCUCCCUCGCUCCUGGAAGCUUCGUUUAGUGAACCGGUACGCAAGUUUUUAAUGUUCAAGCUAUUAAAAUGAUAAGGAACAAGUGUAUCUGUCGUAUCUCAGUGUAUUAUUUUUCAUUGUUGGGUAUUAAAUAUUGUAUAGAACAGUGUGAUCUGUGAGUGUGGUGCAAUGGACUCUGAUUUGGACAUUCAGUCUUUCAUAAACUGUACCCAGCAGAUAUUCGGCCAUGAACAAAAAUGGGACGACCUAAACGUUUCCGAGAUCUUAGAUCUGCUCCCGAAGCAGAUCUUAGAGGACAUAAACCUAAAGGUUUCAGCACAUCGCCGAAUGAGGACCGUAACGAAUUGUUUCCUUGUGAACCUGGCCGUAGCAGACCUCUUAAUGGCAACCCUCAACGGAGCUCCGAACUUCGUAUUCCUGGUGACGGCUAACUGGCCCUUUGGAGCCGUGACAUGCACUGCGAGUAACUUCACAGCAAGCCUGACCGUGUCAGCGGGCGUAUUCACGCUCGUGGCCAUAACAGUUGACAGAUAUGUCGCCAUAGUGAAGCCAUUGCAACACAGGCUAAGUCGGCGAGUGGUCCGCGCUGCCUUGUUCACGGUUUGGAUCGCCAGCGCCAUGCUAGCCUUACCCAGUCUGCUCUACUCCGAUACCUACAAAAAACAGUAUGUAAAUGGAGAACGAGAGAUUUGCUUCAUCAAAUGGCCCGACGGUAGCUACCCAACAUCUUUAAGUGAUUACUGCUACAACCUGGUGUUCCUGUCGGUAACGUACGUAUUACCAAUGGCGGUAAUGGUGUGGGCUUACGCACAAAUGAGCGCUGCCCUCACAGGGAGGGCCAUUGGAGAAUGCACACUGCACCAGAUGCAAGUCGUCAGGGCUAAACGGAAGGUGGUGAGAAUGUUCGUGCUGGUCGUGAUGGUGUUUGCUCUAUGCUGGCUUCCAUACCACGCGUAUUUCGUUCUGGUGUAUCACCAUCAGUCACUCGCCACGGCGCCUUUCGCUCAGCACAUCUAUCUCGGCUUCUACUGGCUGGCGAUGGCAAACUCUAUGUUUAAUCCUCUCAUCUACUAUUGGAUGAGCAAUAAAUUCAGACUUUACUUCCGCCUAGUUUUAUGCUGGUGUUGGAAAUCAGAAUCGGCGACCCCAAAUGAUUUGAAAAAGCUCGAGGUUAAAUCUUAUUCUGUAAGCCAAAGGCACUUUCGUGACGUAUCUUCGUUCAGCCGAGCAUGACAUUCGAGAAGACGCAGCUACAUGUCGCGAUCCACACCCCAACACGAAAAUUCGAACGCGAUAGAGCUCGUCACAAAUGGAGCCCUGGCGAUCAGGAUAAAUCCUCGUCUUGAGUAAGCUACAACAAACGGUUAUCAUGUAUGUGACGAUAAAUUAUAAGUGCACAAUAAAAUAUUAAAUAUAUGUAAAUUUUGACAACACUUUUCGGCGAAACAAAAAACUCUACGACGGAGAGGAGAGAGGUUAGCUACCUCAUUCAUGUGAAUCGGAACUCGCAGGAAGCGUUCUACAUCACUACACAACCUAAAUAUUUUUGAUCAUAACAAUAUGUUGAAAUAUAAUAUAUUGAGCACUCCGCUUUUGUUUACGAUAUUGUUACUGUUAUUGUUUCGCUGUGUUUCGUAAUAUUGCUGGUAUUAGAUGUGUACUUACGUUGUACUACCGUAAUGUUCAAUUCAUUAAUCUUUUUUUGCACUUUUUCACAUUCCAAUUUAAGUCUGACGCGUAU